AUGGUAUCUUUGAGAAGCUUGACGCAUCAAGACCGGAAAAAAAACUCAAAUAGGGACGAUUCUUCUCGCCAACCGCUUCAGAUCAAGGUUGAUGCUCCUGAUGCUGAUGAGGUGAAGGGACCACAGGAAACGAGAGAAAAAUCUGAUGAAAGUAAAGAUGACAAAGAUGACACAUCGACCAGGAGUUUCGAACUUGAAACUGAAACGGAUCCAGGAUUUUUGAGACCGGGAAGACCCAAAUUGAGUGUAAUUACGAAGGGUUUUGGUCAAAGUGCGUCAGGGUCCGGAAAUCCAGAUAAAAGACAACAUUCAGCAACCAGUUUUGCCAGUCACAUAAAGGGAUUGAUUAGUCCCAGUUUGUCGUUCUCCAAUGAUACUAGUAUAGAAGGAAACCGUGCUAGCCUCGUUCCGACAGACCAACUUUCAGCCAUUAGUAGUCGGGCGGGGAGUGGGAGCGAAAACAGGGCCGACUCCGUGAAUGCGACUCAGAUCGUAUCAUUGAUUGACGAAGAAGAUAUGGAAGAGUUUAAGCUGCUACAGGACGAUUUCAAAGCUGCCAUUGAGUCUGGUGAGAAAACGUGGCUUCCGAAGCAGGCAACGGCAGAGAAAAGACAAAGUGAAAUUGAAGGAGGGGUUUUAUCGAAUCUUGAAAACGAAGAAGAACAACAAGACGAAGACGAAACCGUUCAAAUUCGUAAUCAGGACCCCGGUGGUAGUCGCCAUAGCCGAAUCGAGUCACGUGACGGGGAAGAAGAAGACGAGGACGUUAAAGAAGUACAGAUAGAGACUUCUCAAACCAUUAAUGAAGAUUUAAAUGGUGCCACGCCUCCGCUAGAGCGGAAAAUUUUGUCCUCAGCAGGGUUUGCACUGUACGGGAAAUCUUUGGGACGUAUACCACCUGACUACGAGUUACGAAGGAAAAUAGCUACACUGCUACUCAAUAAAUGGGAACCGUACAUCAUCUCUUUACUAAAUUGGGCUUUGGUUAUCUAUCUGUGCCAACGAUUUUUUUACGGUGGAACAGAUAUUCAAAACGGUAAAUUUCACACGUUAAAAAAUGACGCCUUUUUGAUUGUAUUCAAUACGCUGUUCACUUUGGAAGUUUUCGCCAAAUGCGUUGCAUUUGGUCUGUGGGACGAUUCCCAAAUGUUUUACGCCAAUAAUAAGAAGUAUAGAACGAUAUGGGAGAUUUCAGGCAUUGCCAAAAUAUACCAAUUUGUUGAGGAAAGAUACGGCAAAAAGUUGGUUGAACGAAUAUUUCCUUUCAAGAUUGAUGACGAAGAUGAUAAUCAGAAGAUUAUCAACAACAAAAGAUUACGCACAUCUUUGACCAUUGCAGAUCUUUCUAAACUGGGUGAAUCCGAAAUUUCAACGCCUCGAGCAUUCGCUAGAAGUAGUUGGAAUAGAGUCGAUCUGUUCUCUGCCAUUUGUUUUUGGAUCGCUUUGGCAUUAUCCUUUCGUAACUAUGAUUAUAUCAGAGGCAUACGAAUAUUCAAAGCGCUCAGUGUGGUUAGGAUUUUACGACUAACUACUUCCGAUACGAAACGUUCUUCGAUUUUAAGGUGCUUGAAAUAUGGGUUACCUCAACUCAUCAAUGUCGGAUUCAUGCUGUUAUAUUUCUGGGUGUUAUUUGGCAUCUUGGGAGUUCAAAGUUUUGGAGGUUCACUCAGAAGGAAUUGCGUUUGGGUUAAUCCUGAGGAUUCAUCCGAAAGCUACGAUAAUCAAUUCCAAUUUUGCGGCGGAUACUUGGAUCCUAUUACAAAGACAAGACGAAAUUACCUUUACAGCAACGGCAAUGAGGGACCGUUAGCAAAAGGAUUUUUAUGUCCUCAAAAUUCCAAGUGCAUUUCGGGACAAAAUCCCUAUCAGGGAACGGUUAGCUUUGACAAUAUUAUCAAUUCCAUGGAACUCGUUUUUGUCAUAAUGAGUGCAAACACUUUCACAGACAUAAUGUAUUACACCAUGGACUCUGACAACAUGGCUGCCUGCAUAUUCUUCAUCUCUUCCAUUUUGUUUCUCAAUAUCUGGUUAAUUAACUUGCUUAUUGCCGUCUUGGUCUCGUCGCUGGAAAGAGCGAAUGAGUCCUUUAACAGAAAGGAGGAACUGGGCCAGUCUGACCUUAUUGCGUCGAUCAUUAGAAGCACCCGAAAUUAUAUCAGGCGCAAAGCCACGCAAGAUUAUGCUCCCAAGUGGAACAAAAAAUGUAUCAAGUUCUUCACCAAAUGUGAACAGCUUUUCAAUGUUCUUAUUUUCGCCGACGUUAUCAUGCAGGCCACGGUAACUUCAAGUGUUACCGAAAACUGGAAGCAGGUCGUGCUCAAUUUUGAUCAAGGCACAUCCAUAGCUUUGUUAUGCGAGUCAUUGAUUCGUCUCAUUUUGCAUAGUGCUUGUCUUUGGAAAUUUUUGGCAAACCCAUCGUAUGUCUUCGAUUUCCUAAAUUCCAUUAUCUGUUUGGUAGUGACUGUUCCUCAUAUAAGGGCAAGUCUGGGCCAAAACUUCUAUUGGUUAAAUGUCUUCCUAGUUGUGAGAUUUUACCGUGUCAUCAAGUCUAUGAAGAUCACAAGAAAUCUAUGGAAGCGUGUUUUGGGAAAUGCUGUUAUGAUAGCCAACCUCACCGGAUUUUAUUUCUUGUUUCUCUUUCUCGUUACAAUAAUUGUAUCACUCUUUUUCGAGGGCGUGGUUUCGACGGAUGAGAUGAGUGAUUCUCCCUUCGCAAUGUAUACAAUUCCAAACAGUUUUCUGACACUCUUUAUCAUUGCUUCGACUGAAAACUGGACGGAAUCGUUGUACGAAUUACAGCAAAAUGCCCCUAACAUCUCGUCACAAUUUUUCGGCUCAGCUCUGCUCAUCAUAUGGUUUUUCAUGGCCAAUUUUGUUAUGCUCAAUAUUUUCAUUGGUUUGAUCGCAGAAAGCUUGGACGUUAAGGAAGAGGAUAAACGUCCUCUGCAAAUACAACAUUAUUUGAGGCAUGUCUAUCCUCAAAGAAUCAAAGAUUAUACGAGCACAACAUUAGCGAGCCGCCUGAAAAAGAAGCUUUUAGGAAGAAGCUCCCGGCUUGAUACGCAAGACUUCAGGCAGUUUCUCUUCCGAGGAACAGCCAUUUUAAGUAUUGCGCAACAAUAUGAACAGUUUCAAAAGAGGGACCUUGACCUUGAGGAUAAGGCCAAAUCGAAAAGGUUAAGGCGGUUUAGCUUACAGAGAAUGCUGUCAAGAAUACUACCAAAAAAAUUACCAGGGAUAUCGAAUCUCAGGCGUCUCAAAAACAACCCGUUUCGCAAAAAACCAGAAGUCGUUUAUUCAGAGAUUUCGGAUCCCAGUGGCUCUUCGAAGAAAUAUGUCUUACAAUUGAACGAAUUUGAGGACGAAAAACUCGCCUACUUGAGAGAGCAUCCGACUUUCAAUAAUUCUUAUUUCAUUUUCCCUCCAAGCCACAUCUUUAGGAAAUUCUGUCAAAGUCUCGUUAAUCCAAGCGUGGGCAAAAGGACAGACGGAAGAACGUUUUUCAACAACAAUGAUGAAUUUUACGGAGAGUCCGUUCGCUUUCAACAUUUCAGAAGAGAUGUUUUCACGGGGCUCAUCUCCAUUGCAACAAUUAUAAUGGUGGUGUUGUCAUGCUACAUAACACCACUUUAUCGGAUGAAGCACCUGAAUAGUAGCAGGGAACUAUGGACUUUACCAAUGAACAGUGAAGCUGCAUUUGUAUUAAUUUUCUCACUGGAAUUCAUUAUUAAAACUGUCGCUGACGGGCUAGUGCAUACACCUAACGCUUAUAUCAGAAACCCGUGGAAUUGCAUAGAUUUGAUUGUUUUGUUUUCUCUAUGGAUCAAUUUCCUGGCAGCGUUGAAGAACAAUAACAGUCUAUCCAGAAUUUUCCGUGGACUAACUGCUUUGAGAGCUCUAAGGUGCCUUACAAUAAGUAAAACAGCCCGAUCGACUUUCAAUCAAAUCCUUUUCGAUGGAAUAGGAAAGAUUGUAGGUGCUGCUGUCGUUUCCCUCAGUCUUUUAUUCCCAUUUACAGUCUGGGGCAUGGGCCUCUUCAGUGGACGUUUGGGGACAUGCAAUGACAGCUUGGACCUCGACCUCUGUUACAAUGAAUAUACGAACACGGUUUUCCAGUGGGAUGUUCUGAUGCCCAGGGUGUAUUCCGAGCCUCUUUUGUACUUAAAUUCCUUUUCAAGUGCUCUGAGGUCUUUGUAUGAAAUCAUUUCCCUUGAAGGGUGGGUGGAUCUUCUAAGCAAUAGCAUGAGUAGCACCGGGGUCGGUACCGUUCCAGAACCCAUGGCGUCCCCACAGAAUGCUCUAUUCUUCGUGCUGUUCAACUUUUCGAGUAUGGUGUUCAUACUGACUUUGUUCGUUUCUUUUAUCAUAAGCAACCACGCGAGGACCACAGGUAGCGCUUAUUUCACAAUACAAGAAAAAUCUUGGCUAGAAGUGCAAAAGCUAUUUUCUCAAGCGAGACCCGAAUCAUCUCCAGACGCUUUAACGAUGAGCCCACCGCGUUCCUUCUUUUAUCGCCUGGCAGUCGAGAAAACUAAUUUCUUUUACGCUUCCUUCUUGCAAUUGGUACUUUACCUGCAUAUUUUUACUCUUCUCCUUGGGAGCUACCAGGAACAAGCCAAUGUUAGGAACUACCAAAACGUUUACUUCAUGCUUUCAUCAACAGUAUUUCUUCUUCAAGAGAGCUUUUAUUUAUAUGGCAAGGGCGUCAGGUUGUGGUUUGCCCAGAGGUGGGCGGUUUUCAAAUUCUUCAUUGUUACGACAUCUUUCGCACUGAACGUAGCCAACCUCUGUCUCAACCGGACCAUCUAUGGCUUUACAAAUGUUCAUGGAAUUUUCCAAUUGAGCAUUUUUCUGUUUGUGAUACCUCAAAAUGAUAUUCUCAGUGAGCUCAUAAAUACCGCCAUGGCAAGUUUUCCCUCCAUUCUUUCUCUGAUUUAUACUUGGGGCAUUUUGUUCUUGGUCUAUGCCAUUGCAAUGAAUCAGAUUUUUGGGCUCACGAAACUGGGACCAAAUACCACUGACAAUAUUAAUUUUCGCACUGUUACUAAAAGCCUGAUUGUUUUGUUCAGAUGCAGUUUUGGAGAAGGCUGGAAUUAUAUCAUGGAUGAUUUGACUUUAAAUUCACCGUUCUGUUCCAAUGACACGGACAGUAGCCAUUCUGAUUGUGGAUCGAAAACAUACGCAUACGUUUUGAUGAUGUCCUGGAAUAUUCUCUCGAUGUACAUUUUCUUGAACAUGUUUGUCUCUCUAGUUCUAGAGAGUUUCAGUUAUCUUUACCACAGCAGUGCUGGCGCGAGUUCCGUGGCAAGCAGAGAGAGCAUUAGAAAAUUUAAAAAUGCCUGGAAGAAAUUUGAUCCCGACGGAGUCGGUGAAAUUGAAGAAGACUUUUUACCAAAACUGAUGCAUUCAUUUGACGGUCCUCUAUCAUUCAAAAUUUGGGAUGGAAGAUUAUCGGUGAAAAAUCUGGUCAAGAACUAUAUGAAGGUGAAUCCCACGGAUCCUUACGAUGUUCGAGUGGAUCUCGAAGGCUUGAACACCGAGUUGAACUCCAUUGACCGGGAUAAAAUUAUUGAAAGAAAACAACAAUACCGGAAAUUUGUUCAAGAGGCUCGCUAUGUCAGCGCUUUUAGCAAUGGCAUCAAAUUUUCGCGCAUUAUUCAACAGAUACCUCUUUAUACCGUCUACAAUCCACAGGAAUGCCUAGGCAUCGAUGAUUAUGUGCGGAGACUCUACGUUAUGGGAAAAGUUGAUAAAUUUUUGAGCAACGAGAGAAACGUGGACGUUCUGGAAAUGACAGUUACCAGAUGGAAAUAUCUAUCUCAUAAGUUGAUUUCGCAAAAGAGUGGAGUUGCUCAUGGGCGUGAGGAAAGCACCAAAAGAUCAGAGAAUGUGUUCUCCGAUGACAAUAGAAUUGAUAUUCCUAACAUAACUGUUGAGUCCGACAUAGAACGGAGCGUUGUUUUCAGACCACCGGGUACACCUCGAGUGGAUUACGGCAUCAAUACGUUUAGUUGGUCUCCUAGCAGAGGGCUUGGGACUAAAAACUUCGACAGUCCUUCAGACGCUGAGCCGAAAGACAUUGCACGAAACAUAUUAGAUUGA